AUGGCUCCGAAACGCAAGGCGGUGGCUGCCAGCGACGAGGAAUCGGAAGAAGAGCCAAUUAAGAAACCCGCGCGCACAAAGCAGACUGCGAAGAGGAGCCCCGCGAAACCCGCUCGCGGCGAUGACUCUUCCGAGGACGACGUGCCACUCUCCAAACCAAAGGCGAAAGCCGCGAAGCCCGUGACCGCAAAGAAGCCGCGUAUUGGUGGCGCUCCUGCCUCUACCUCCAAGAAGCCGGCGUCUAAGAAGAAGGCUCCAGUAGUUGAAGAAGAGUCAGAGCAGGAGCAGGAGCAGGAAGUAGAGGAGGAAGAUGACGAUGACGGGCGCCCUGGACGUAUCGUCGUCCACACAUCUCUAGAAGGCGACAAGUACGUCGAUCUUGGCAAGAAGAAGCGCGCAUCCGUGCGCGUGUUCAAAGGAGCCGUUAUGGUUGACAUUCGUGAGUUCUAUGGCGACGAAGACGACCUGAAGCCGGGCAAGAAAGGAAUUUCUCUGGGCAUUGAUCAGUGGAAGGCUCUGGUGGCGAGUGCGAAUACCAUCGACAAACUCGUCGACCGAAAGAAAUGA